CUCUGUUCUUGCCACUGCUCUCAUUCUAGGGGUUUUGGAAUUGUUUAUAAGGCCUUCAACGCUGCCACAGGACAAGCGGUGGCUGUAAAGCAACUUAAUCUCCAGCACCAGGGCUGCGAGGACGUACUGAAAGAAAUCCUGGUCAUGAGUGAAAAUAAGCACGCCAAUAUUGUCACCUACCUAGAAAGCUACCUUGUCAAUGAGGCUGUCCUGCUGGUCUUGGAGUAUAUGGAUGGAGGCUCCUUAGGUGAUGUGGUCAGCGUGAGAAGGAUGGCUGUAGGACACAUAGCAACAGUGUGUCGGGAGUGCCUGCAAGGCCUGGCUUUCCUUCAUGCCAACCAGGUGAUCCAUAGAGAUAUCAAAAGUGACAACAUCCUUCUGGGCCGGGAUGGCUCCGUCAAGUUGGCUGAUUUUGGCCUCUGUGCUCUGCUCAGCCCUGAGCAGAGGAAACGGAGGUCGAUGGUCGGGACCACUUGCUGGAUGGCACCCGAGGUUGUGAGAAGAGAGCCUUACGGCCCCAAAGUGGACACCUGGUCCCUUGGCAUCGUGGGAAUAGAAAUGGCCACAGGAGAGCCUCCUUAUGUUCGGGAAACCAGUGACAGGGCCAACUUCCUGAUAGGCAAGCAAGGGGUACCAGACCUGCACAAGCUCAGGCUACCCCCUGGCUUGUGUGAAUUUCUGGGCUGCUGCCUGCAGAUGGAUGUGGACAGGCGAGGCUCUGCCAAGGAACUUCUGCAGCAUCCAUUUCUGCAAUCAGCGGAGCCUCUCUUAAGCCUCUUCUGACAGCCUUGAUUGCUGUCCUCCCUGCAGCCAGGAGCUGGAAGGGCAGCGUUUGGAGGCACAGCAGCUGCUGGCACAAGGGGCAAACUUCCUGGCAGAGGUAGAGAAGAAGCAGGAGGAAAGGCUGCUUGAGACGAAGCAGGAAGUUGCCACCAUGCAAGCUGAAUGAGAAGAGGUACGAAGCAGAGCCAGCCAAAAGGCAAAGGCUUUGAAAAGAGAGUUUCUGUGUUGCUUUGGACUGCUGUGCGCUCCUUAUGGGCACUGUUUCUCGGAACACUGUCUGUCUGGGCGGCAUUGGCUCUUAGCCGGCCCGUGGUAAACAGUGCUGGAGAGAGCUUUGUGCCAGGAGGGAAAGGAGCGGUCAGGUGUGAGGCUACCGGAGUGCAGGUUUGAGGAAGGUGGGAAUGGCGUUGCUGACGCAAAGAGAAUGGGAAAGCCAGAGCUUUGUCUCAGAAGGAGGGAGGUCCCAUAGGAAGCCCCCUGCAGAGCCAGGCUAGAGCUGUGGCAGCGGGCUGGCUGUCAGGCAGCUGAGGAGGUGCCUGAAGCUGCUGAGUACAUCCUGUGCAUUCUUUGUGUGAUCGAGCUGUGUAUGGUGGGUGUGCCUCAGCAUGAACUGGAGCACAUGUUCCACGUCCCUUUGGUAUUGGGAGAGACAUUUUGGAUUCCCUAGAGAAUCUAUU